AUGUCUUCAACUCAUUAGAAAUAGGAAAUACCUUUAAUUAUGGAUAGUUUUUGCCAGAGUUAUCCUGACAUUGAUGAUGUCAAUUAUGAAUUUUCCCCUUAGCGUUUGGGUAACCUCACACUGACCAAUUAUUCGCCUAUGUUAGAAUUAAUUGAUUAGCGCUCUCAAUACCAAUAUUCUGGGGAAUAACAAUAUACUCAGGAAUACCAACAUUAUGAUGUUCAACCACAGGUAUGCAAUGGAUUCUGUAGAACAAAUGCUGAACACUGUCCAUCUUGCAAUAGUAUAAAAAAGUAUCAACAAUAAUUCAUCAAGCAUAGGAGAAGUAUAAGAAAGAUCAAGCCAAAUUUAGAUCCUUCUAUUAGGAAGAAUUUCCCCAAACUUUUAGGAAAUCAUUUCUUAGCCCAUUUAGAGUAGAUUCCAGCCUGGAAAUUACCAGAUCCUAUUGAACUAUUCAAAUAGGAUGAACUAAAAAAGAAGAGAUCAAAAAAACAACUAUCAUUUGCUAUAGAAGACUUUAGAAAGUUAUGUCUUGCCUCAUAGGAGAGUAAGGCAUUUUUUAUAGAUUUUCUUUAAUUUAAAUUUCCAGUUCGCCUAAUUCAUAGUAAUAAGUUUACAUAGAUCGAGCCUGUAAACGAUUUAAUCAGUAAUGCUAUUGUCGGAGCAUGUAAUCCCGAGUAGUGGAAAGGAAAUAUGUAGAUUGCAAAAUAGUAAUGACCC